GUGAGUGCAGACAGGCGAGCAGUAGGCAGAAAGAGAGAGGCGAGCGGACGAAGGAGAAGACAAAGGAGAAGCCGAGGCAGCGCUUGCUCUGCUCUGGAUUAACCCUUUCUUCUUACUAAAUGUUGCUUUUUGUGGAUUUCUGUCUUUUAUACGUUCUACAUCAUCCCUUUGCUCAGCUGUGGUACACUGUCUCUCUCUCUCUCUCUCACACACACACACACAGUUUUUUUUUCCCAGAGGAUCAACUACUGGUGUGUAUGAAUGGAGUCCUGGAGGAAUGAUCAUGGAUGGAUGGAGGUAGAAGGGAGGAGUGUGUCUGCUUUUCCCAUGGAGAUUGUGUCGUUUUCUCUCCUCCUUCUGCUAGCUGCGCAGCCUCUUUCCCCUUGCUUUCUUUUGUAUUAGCGCCCCCUCCCUUACUCCCUCCUUUCUUUCUUCCCUCCCUUGGCUGUACAGGCUUUUGUCUCUCUGACAGGGAUCCAGGCUUGUCUUUUUGCUGCUCUUCCUACCCUACCCCCUUUGACCGACUCAAAAAGUACCGUUCCCUCUUUUCUUGUGCUUCUGCGAAAGCUUAAGCCAAACGAGUCUUAUGCUGAGCUAAGGCAUCAGGCUAGGCUAACUGCUAGCCACUGGAGUGGUGUAGACCCCUCAGCUUGUCACUGCGAAGUGUGCGUUUCUUGUGCGUUUGUGUGAGUGUAUGAAUUUAGACGUCAUGGCAGAAGCAUUGGCUCACACUUGACCAGUCAUUCCAUCGUGCAUUUGGUGUGACCUGAGGAGGGAGGAAGGCAACAGUAGAAGGGAAAGGUGUGUAUGCAGAGUUGGAAGUAAUCCUCCCUCCAUUCUUACUCAUGGCUCAACGUGCUCUCCUGAUGACAUGACCAUGAGAAAGUCUGGUCAGCCUGGGACUGGAAUAUUCCUUAUUUUACAACAUGGUGAUUGUUAAAGUCAAAUUGUUACCACAAAAGCUCCAGAAUGGAAUUUACGUGAGGAACUGGGAACUUGCAGCCUUGGGUCAACCAUUUGGCCCAAAUAUUCAAAAGUUUGCUUGUGGAAAAAACUAUUUUGACUUAGUGUUGUGGAUAGAUUUACUAUCUGUCUGCCACCCAGCGUGGCAAGGAUGAAGAAGACAAGCAGCCGCACACUCAGGCGAGCAUGGCCCAGCUCUGAACUGUUAGAGCGCCUGCUGCCACCAGCAUCCUCUGCAGAGCCUCACAGGAGCCGACGCUCUCGCAGUGAGAAGGACUACAGAAUCCACAAACACAGCAAGAGGAGCCACUACCCUCCACAGUAUCUGUGUCAGAGUCCACCUGCUUACAUACACACAGGUGAUGUGUCACCCAUCAGCAUGUCCCCCAUCAGCCAAUCGCAGUUCAUCCCUUUGGGAGAGGUAUUGCUAUUGGCUAUCUCUGCUAUGAACUCCGCCCACAAGCCUGUCACUCAGGAGGCCCUAACUGAACACCUGCAGACAUGUUUUCCAGGUGUUCCCACACCAACGGAGGAGGUUCUGCACCACACACUGGGUAUGCUGGUCCGUGAGCGGAAGAUCUACCCAACACCAGACGGAUAUUUUAUUGUAACCCCUCAGACUUACUUCAUCACUCCGAGCCUAAUCCGAACUAGCUCCAAGUGGUAUCACUUAGAUGAGCGAUCGGCUGACCGUCACCAACAGCAGCAACAUCAGAACCAACAGCAGCAUCAGCAGACACAGUGCACCUCCCCUCUCUCUGGCACCAUCACCCCGUCCACCUCCGGAGCCGUGAGAGAACGAACACACCCGAAGUCCAACCAAAACCACAGCGGGGGAGGCGGAGGAGGUGGGGAUUCUUUUUACAACAACAGUUACCGUGGAGACGAUCCCCCUAGCCACCACACCACCCUGCAGCGUCGAUCUCCCAAAGACCACCGGGAGGCUUACUCAUCCCCCCACUCCCCACAAACACCUCCUCAGCAAGCAGGAGGCAACACAGAAAAGAGUCGCAGCACCCUUGGGUUCCCCUUCAAGACGGAUACGCUCACCAAGCACCGAGGAAGUGGUACAGGAAGUCGGAAAUUUGGUUUGAAGCUGUUCCGCCUGAGCUUUAAGAAGGACAAGGCCAAGCAGCUGGCCACCUUCUCCGCACAGUUCCCCCCUGAGGAGUGGCCGCUCCGUGAUGAGGAGGCACCCAGCCAGCUGCCACGCCAUGUAGAGAUGGAGAUCAUCCGGAGAAUCAACCCUGACCUCACUGUGGAGAACCUCGCCCGGCACACAGCCGUCAUGAAGCGCCUCGAAGAAGAGCGCGCUCAGAGGAGUAAAGCGUCAUCAGCCAAUCAGAGCUCCAGGAGUAGGAGAAGUGGGGGUAGACACAGGAAGCAGUCUCAAACCAAACUCAGCCGCUCACAUAGCAAGACGAGGGCGUCCCGCGGUGAGCCAAGUGACAGUUCUCACCUAGAGCUUGCGGACAGGGACUACAGAGCCUACUCAUCCUCACUGGCCCGGUCACCGAGGGAACAUGCCCUGGCCAUGGAGCGGCAACGGGCCCGCCUUCACCUGGCACACAGCAAUCCCAACAUCCUCGACUCUUCCCACCUGCCUGUGACGCCAGAGUGGGAUGUGUCUGGAGAGCUUGCCAAGCGGCGCACAGAAAUGCCUUUCCCCGAGCCAAGCCAUGGCCCCUCAGCCCACCACUCCAAAGUCCACCGCUCACACUCCCACACCCAGGAGAGGAAGUCCAGAAAUGAACGCAGUGACAAGGCCAAGGAACGCUCCAGAUCCAUGGACAAUUCUAAAGGACCUCUUGGAGCGGGUUUGAUCGGACCACCUGAUUAUUAUGACGAUCGGAGCCGUUACUAUACUGACGACGGCACCUUGCGAGCCAAUCAGAGCUCUUCUCACUACUCUCGUGCCACGCCCCCCUCAGCUAAGCUGCCUGUGGAUUCUCUGGGGUUGGAUGGUGGCAGGAGUUUAGAGAAAAGUAAGAGCAGGGACAGUCUGCCAGCAUACUCACCCAAACUACUGCCCACCGCCAUCCCUCCUGAUGAUUACUUCCAGUGUGCCGGUUCCUCUGAAGCUGCUCUCACAGCAGCAAACCCGCUGGGAACUCUGGGCAAAAGUAGCCAUGAUGGAUUAAAACUGGGCAGCACUGAUAGGCAAACGGACAGACAGACUCCCCAUACUCUAGAAAAUAAGGAGGACUUGUCAAAGGUGGGACCUAAGGGUGGCAGCUUGCCUCCAAUACCCCUCUCUAUCCCUGACCCUCCACUACCUAAUGGACGACCUCCCCACAGUGCCUCCUCUGGUCAGGAGAAACGUAAGGAGAUCUUUAGUAAAGACACACUCUUCAAACCUCCUCCCAGCCUCCCUUUGCCCGGCUACAGCUCCCUGAGAAAACCCCCAGCCCUCACCUCCUCUACUCUGUCCUCGUCCUGCGAUGCACUUGAUUCCCAGGAGGCCUUUGAUGCUCCCAAACCUCUGGUGGCCACACCAUCUGCUCCCCCACAGGGGGUUGAACCCACAACCAGUGCUGCAGAGGCCUCCUUUGACUACUACAAUGUCUCAGAUGACGAUGAACUCGAGGAGGGGGGGAGUAAAAGUCGAGGAGAGGAUGAAAAAACUGGAGGAGGUGUUGUUGGGAUGGGAGGAGGUGGAGCAGGGACCAUGCAGUGGCUGUUGGAGAGAGAGAAGGAGAGGGACCUACAGAGGAGGUUUGAAAGAACCCUCACCUUCCCUGGUGCUAAAGAGAACCUUCCAGAGCCCAGUCAGAACCAGCAGUCAGCCCACUCUGCUAGACUGGACAGUAUGGACUCCAGCUCUGUCACUGUAGACAGUGGAUUCAACUCACCACGAACAAGGGAGAGCCUAGCGUCAAACACUUCUUCCAUAGUGGAGAGUAACCGUCGGCAGAACCUGGCACUGAGCCCCGGCCACCUCGGCAUCACUACAGGCAACGGCCCCCCCUUCUCCUUCCGCACCAUCCCAGAACCUGCCGGCACCCAACCAGAGAAACUCCAGAAGCCCAGCGCUUGCCUUGCGUCAAUCACCAGCGUUUAGGGGCAGAACUAAGGGCUGGGUGGAGCGCCGAGAGCCAAUGGAAAGAGGCCAGAAAAUAAAAGUCCCACCCCUAAGGACUGUUACAUCUUUAGACUGACUGAAUCAGUGGAGCUGCCACAGGCCCACUGUGGAACUAUAGCUAUUAACACACACACACACACACACACACACACACACACACACACUUGGACAGAUACAAACAGCGAAAUUUAGACUACCAGGAAACUGCUCUCUCUCACACAUACACACACAUAUACACACCAGGCCACUGGGCAGACUCUGACCAUGUCAUUCUACAGCCUCUAGUUUACACACUGCUGUUGUGUUGUUUCACUUUCACGUGGGUUCUAGUGUGUGUGCAGUGUGUGUGCAGUGUGUGUGUGUGUGUGUGUGCGUGCGUGCGUGCGUGCGUGCGUGUGUGUGUGUGUGCGUGUGUGUGUGUGUGUGUAUGGGUGGGUGUAUGUUUGUAUAAUCUGUAAUCUCAGGUCAUGUUAUUUCCACUCCCAUUCCAGCUGCUCCAGAUCAGCGCAUCUCCCUCUGGUGGUGUCUCCUGGUAUUACACACUGAAGAGAUGCAGCUCUGCUGACUACUGUUACUGAUGGUACACACACUCUCACUGAUCCAGCUCCUACUCACUUUGUCUCUGUUAGUGUCUCUGUUCUAAAUUCACCACAGGCAGACUAGUUGUAAGGUGCAGUGCCACAAGAAGUGACUAUGAUAAUUAAUACCCUUGACCAUCACUCCAAAAUGCAUCAACAAUGUGAGGGGGUCAGACAGUCGAAUGAGUGACCUGUAAGCAGGACUGUUUCACUGUAACACUCUCUGUAGAAUGAAGCUGAGCAGUUGUUGUAUCUGUUGGAUGCCAUGAUGCCCAUUUAAAAAUGCCUUAACACUUUAGCUCCAGAGGUGAUGACAGAGGUUUUUAAUUACAGACUGUUAAGGCUGUCAUGGUGACAGAUCUUCUCCCACUUUUUCCUCUCUGUUUUUUGUUACCCCUCAUGUCCACUAGAUCUAACUGCGUCAUGUUUCAGCGCUCUGGCAUUCCAGCCAGUGCACCACUGUCCACUGGAGACAUGCUCUUUUCUCCGCUCCGCUAUCAUAACAGACCGAAACAGUACACUGGCCCUGAGAGCUCAACGCACUGCAAAUGAUGAAAACAUAGGACAGUUCUUAGGGCCACCCUAGAUAAGACUUUAUUGAUCCCUGAGGGGAAAUUCUCAUGGUACAGCAGUACAGAGACAGGCUGACAAGUUAAAGCAGUGGUUCCCAACUGGUGGGUAGCGGGUUCAUUUUGAAUGGACCGCAAGUGACUCACGAAUGUGUCAAGUUUAUAAAAAUAAAAAAAAAGAAGAAGAAGAAAAAAAAAUCUUUAUUUUGAAGUACAGUGAAUUUGAAGUGAAUGUUUCCUUCUGUAGAGUGAGUGAAUGACAGCUACUUAACAAAGACAGCAAACUAGCUGGACAACAUGGACAAACGCAAGUACGAUGCUGAAUAUAUCCAUCUCUGUGGACCUUGACGUAAUGACUAAGGAGAAAUCUGGAUCCCGCUGCUGGACCAGUCGGGAACCACUGGAUUGGAGAACAGAUUAACAGAAAACUAUUGAAAAAUAUAAAACAUAAGGUAUUAAAAAAAAUUAGAGAGGUGACUUUAAAAAGGAAUAUACAGUAUAUACAUACCUUACACAAUAUAAUUGAAUUUAUAUAUACAGUGUAUAAACAUCUAUAUUUAUUAACAGUUGACAUGAAAUUACUUUACUUGCCUUCUUAGUGUUUUGGUACAUAUAGGUACAUAACACUCCGCAAGUGUUACUUGAAUAAGUAAACAUGGACUAACAGGACCAGACUGGCUGACCCAUAUGCUCUCACUCGGUGGAUGGAUGACUUGACAUGAUUGCCGAAAGUGGGAUGGUCAGCUUUGUGGUUGAUUACCGUGCCAAUCUUACAUAGGAGGAUGACCCUUGAAUGGUUUCAUUUGAUUUGUUUUGUUAUUGAAGCUAAUGUUAGCAAAUGUGCAAAAAAGGUACCCUUACAGAGAAAUCCAAUAUUACUCUUAAUACCUCCCCAAUUUCUGAUGAGGUGGACAUGAUAACCCCUAAUGCAUUACAUUAUUCAUACUUUUUCCCUAACCUGAUAUGAAGUGUGCGCUGCACAUGUGAGCAUUUUUAAUGAUGGCCUUCAUCCAGUUCUUUAGUCAUAUCACUUUUAACAUAGUUGUCUUCAUUUUUGUUGAUGGGCAGUGGCAGCUGGUAUGCGAUGAAAUUUAAGUUUCGAGCCAUGACUCCUACUAUUCUGGCUCCCAAUAACACAACAAGACAACAUUUUAAGACUCCUAUGUAGCCUACAGCCCUGUGGUGGUGAAUCACGUUUUGCCUCCAUCUAACAAACUGACUUCAUUGUGACGCCAGCCCUAAAAGGCUCUAUAGCUAACCUGUUUGCUUAUGGAGUCACUUCACAGUGGUGUUCAAAUAGAAGCUGUUGAGAUCCUGCAUAUGAAGUCACAACCUGUAACAGCCGCCAUACCAGUAAGCAGAAACCGUUUUUUUUUUUCUGUCCUGAUAGCAUGUAAAUGUAUUCAUACUGACUGCUGGGGGAGCUAAUCUCACAUGACAUAAUAUUUCCACUAUGCCAGUCACAAUACUAAACCCACAGUUCAAUAAACAUACGAUUUAUGGAUAUAAGUGAUUAAUAGCAGUGUGGUGGUGGAGAUGCUGCAUAGGAAGGGACUAUUGUUGUGGUUACACUUUGCAGUGAUUAUGUUGAUAAUCACUGCAGUGGCUUUCAUUCUUCUAAAAGAUAACUGUAGACAUGAAACAGAUCAUGUUUAUGGUUUAAAAUGCCCAGUUUGGGGGACACAGUCUCAGUAAAAAGCAGCUGCUUUUUCAUGGCACUAUCCGCAGUGAAAGCAUAGUAAUGACUUGCUAAAAUACAACCAGUUUGUUGAUUGUUGGUCUCUAACAGUGGCCUGCAGCUUGGCAGGUGUCUCGCCUAGAUGACACACAAUCCACCAUUCCCUCCACCUCCUGAUUAGUCAGAUCAUACACCACAUCACAUUAGAAACUUUGAUAUGAUACAUAUGAAACGUGCAAAUGUAAUGUAUUUGAGGUUUGCAGAAACAUACAAUGUCAACAUUUUUUUCUGGUGACUGAACUGUCUGUUUUAAAGCCUAUUUAACACUGCUUGUUUGAGGUGAGAAUAUUGCUCUGUUAUGCCGCUUUGCCGUUCUGUAUAUACGGUACAAUCGGAGAAUGGAGGAACAGAGUUGUCUCUCCUUUAAAGCCUAGUUCACAUUACACGAUUUUCACUGCGAUGUUGACGUCGCAGAGGAUCUUGAGAGCCACCUUGGGUCGGAGGUGAGUCGGCAGAUAGACUGCCCUCAUGUGUGAACAACCCUCCAAGCCAGUCGCCCCCUCAUCUGAGACUGGGACUGGAUAUCUGGCAUGCUAGAAAACUGGAGAGGUGUGACACGACUGACAAAGAGCAUCCACCAAUGAGAGGCGGGAUACGUCCCACGUCAGCACGCAGGAGGACGGAAUAAAUGUGAGAACAAGCCGGCAAGCAACAGCAACAAUAGCGGCAUCCAGAGGAUCACGUAGUGCCCGUUGUGUUUGGACCCAGGCUCUGGCGGCACAUCUGAUUCAUUUAUUUUUACUUCCACGCAAUGUAAAUAACCCACCUUUAGCCAGAUAGCGCAGGGUCAAGGACAGACAUUCUCUAGGGGAUAUAGCAAGCCUAAAUCUGAUGUCUUUCCUUGCGAUGUACGGCUCUACCAGCCCCAGCAAGAAAUCAAAGUCCUCCGCUGUCAUCCGUAGCAACCCGUUCGAUCAUUCAGCUAUGAAAGGUACAAUAAUCUGUCAGAAUACAUGCAUAGACCAAAUCUCCUUCUUCUUAUCCUGUUUGUUCUCAGCGCAGAGCAGGGCACAAACGACCUGCAGAGCUCCGAGCUAUUGGACAUCCAUGUUGACAAGUAGCGCUGGGGAGCUAUCCUGUUUUGGUCACGUGUGACAAAACGUAGUUUGGUGGCGUCACCGCGUUAUCUGGGGCUCUGUCUGCCAGGGGCUCGGUAGUGAAAUCUUGUGGUGUGCACACACAGGCCGUAAUGCAGUUGGCGAGACUCCCGAUGACAGAAACACACGUCGCCAGAGAUGAACACUUAAAAGAUCUCCGUGACUCAAGAUUGGUCAGCCAGUCGUGUAAUGUGAACAAGGCUUAAGUCACCAUGGGAGGUAGUGACAGUGCCGAAACAGUGUCUGUAUAAACAGGACAGCCGGCAGAACGGUAUCAUGGGUAGGACUGGUGUGACAUUUUGACGACAUGUUACACAUGCAACCUGACGCAGAAGACUUAAAAAGCAGCUAAUACCAGUUAGUGGGUAACUUAAAGAAGGAGAAUAGCGGCUGUAAGUUGGGGAAGCAAUGAGAUUUAGGAGCUCCUUACCCUCUGAGCAGAGGACGCGAUCAGCCGCUAUACAACAGGGAUGGUAAAUUAUUGUUAUUGACAUGUUAAUGUCAUUGUAAUUGUUUAGAAAGUGCUGACGAUGUGUAUGUUAUAUGUCACAUUAGAGGCUGACGUGUUAAAUGUCACGCCUGUCACGCCUGUUGAUUCCAUGAUGUGGGAUGCUGUCUAUAAUCACACACUGAAGUGGAAUGAUGCUGCAGUCGUUCUGUGUAAAAGUGCAAAAGCGGUAUAAAGAAGGGACUCACAGAGGCUCCAUAGCGCCAUCUCUGUGUUAAAGGGCUUAAGCCAUGCUCUGAUCAUAUAAAGCCAGUAGCCUGUUGUAAUGUUAGCCACUAAAGCUCACUAAGAGAGCUUGUUGUGUGAUGGACCCAUAGUGAUAUAUACAAAAGGUGGAGACAUCAGCAGGCUCUAGUGAUAUUCAUGAUUUAUUUUUACUACCUUAGCAAACUAUGGUCAAUGAUGAGCUAAGGUUACAUGUAGAUACACACACAUUCGAGCACCCUAACCCUAACCCUUAAUGACUAAUUCAUGGAAAAACUGUGGAUUAGCCAUGGCUGCUUAUGGAUCUGCUGAUUUGCUUCUGUCCCUCAGUAUGGCACUCAGCACAAUGUUGCAAUGUGACAGCAUGACUUCAGUAAAACUUACUGACACAGAGAGCACACAGAAAUUGAGAAACUCAUUGGUUUUGUUUUUAGAUGGACAGUUUUUUCUAUUUAAUUCUUAUAAACUUUUUCAGAUGAAAUGAGAGGAGGAUGGGGAGUGGGUGGAGAGAAAAAAAACAGCCUGUUUUCCUUCCCAAGUCAUCAAACACUGACACAUUGUAACAUCCUCUGCAUGUGAUACUGAAGCCAAAUGCAACAUUAAGCAUCUUUAUUCAAAGCACCAGGCUUUCGAGUAACUCUUAUGUAAACCUACCCGUGGCAAUAGAGAAUAGGAUUGUGACAUGAGCAGUAAUGAGCAGCACACACUGUGUGAGAUUUUAGGACAUGGAACCAACAGUAGAGACUGAGGACUAGUAGGCGAUGCGGUUGAGUUUAUAUCUUAUCCUGCUUGAAAAGAUGGUGGAAUGGUGAACAUUUGCUGCAUUAUCAACUACCAUAACCGUUCUCAUGACUGGAGUGGGAAACAGAUCGCUAAUGGAGUGCAAUAUUUCAGCCUUCUAGCUAGCACUGGACAUUGUGCGCGCUCCACUUGACCGCUGGAGCUGAGGAUCACAUGUGGCUUGAGCAGAGGUUCAUUAAGGAGUUCAAGCCUAAGACAUGAAUAUCAUUUGCAUGAAUGUAAAAUUAAUGACAAAAAAUACAAUCACAGUAGCCUCCACAUUUACACCUAACAUUAAUCACCACAAUGGAAGUAAGUCUGAAACAGUGCAGAAAGAACAGCAGCAACAACAGCAGUGACACCAUCAGAGCCACUGCCACCUUGGCUGGAAAUCACACGUAGUAACAAACUUAGUGUUAACCAAAAUGUAGCCAAAGUGAAAGAAAAGCUGUAAUGACAAGAAGUGAUGCAGUGUUGGCCUUGGAAGAAAAUGCUGUUAGUGAUGACACAGAGAGGUGUGUGUGGUGAGUAGCAAUUUGGUUACCUACCUUUGUGCAAAUGACGAUUUUCUGGUCGUUGACUCUUAAAACCUGCAGGUCCUGCACCAUGUAUAUUUCAGCUGAAGGUGAGCCUGAAAAUAUUUAUAAUGUCAGAGCUGCUCAAAUGUGUAAUAGCUUACACCACAACUGAGGUAGGAAAACUUGUACAGAAAUGUUACAUUCAGUAGCUUGUUGAGAUCACCGGAUUGCUCCUUGGGUUCGUACGAAUCGAGGCUGUUUGUUUCCUUUCAUUUUUCAGAGUAGUACUCCUUGGCUUCCUUGUUCAUCUUCUCUUGGAAGGGAAUGACGGGUCUAUCCUUGUUUUUGGUCUACAAUAAAGAAGCAUGUCUUAAAAUAGGGCUGCUCCUACCCAAAAUGCAAUGCGCUAUGACGUCGUUGCCUGUUCUCUGUACUUGACACUGAGAGCAGCUGAUGUAGUGUAACGAGCGACGGAGAUCACGUAGGGUGGGAGGGAGGGUAGAUAGAUGGGUCAAACAAAACAAAACCUUCACCCAGGAAGAGUUUUGUCCUGUGUGAAACCAAAAGUCAACAUUGUUUUCAUGCAACAAUAAAUGUCAUCCACUGACGUCACUCAUGAGAUGAAUUAACAUGACAUCAGAGUAUGUUACGUAACAAACAUACUUAUUUUCACCCAAAACAUCAUCUUUUUUUAAACCUAACCAAGAAGUUUUAUUGCCUAAACCCAACUAUGACCAUUUCACGUUACAAUGCUUCAGCUUUGUCUCGUAUAGAAACCCUAUAAGGUGCCCUGUGCAUUGCUAUGAGACGCCAAGGCGCGUUACAAAGCUUCAGUAUUUGGUGACCUUGGAAUGGGAACGGGUUGGAAUAAAGAUAAAUACGCAGAAAAUGUAAACAAAAUAAACAACAUUAAACACAAAGCACCUUCAUUUCAGUACACACUUGAAGCCAAAUCAAACAGUAAAUGUGUGAAUGUCAGACUGCUUGAAGGCGUGAUGCAGCUGUAUCCAGCGGACAUGAGAGGUUACAGUCAUAACCCUGUUGAGUUUCACAUCUAGGCUGUGAAAAGUGAGUAGCUGACUUCCUCGAAGAGUUGGGAAUGUUUUUUACCAGCAAAUAUCACUGACCGUUUUCAGUGGAUGGGAAGUGAAUUUGAAAUGAAUUGUCUAAAUCCUGGCAUCAGAGAAAGUAGAUGCUGCCGCAUGUUAAAGGCCAGCGCAGGGUGUACAGGUGUACGUUUAUCAAAAGCAGCUGUACUGGCACCUAAAGUGGCUGAGCGUCCAACAGAGACUAUGAGAUACGAGGUGGAUUCAGAAAACUCAACCAGGCCAGUGUUAUACACAAAAAGCAGGGAUGUGACUUUUUUUAUUUCAGUAUUGUUUUUAUUCAUACACAGCUAAACCAUUCAUUAACAUUUCUAUCAAGUUCAUGACUACUUUUUUUCCAACCAGUCUGAAUCAGAUCCCUGAGCCACUCUCACUCCUGGUGCUAAGAUGUAUUAUGGUCAGUGACGGUCAUGAUAAUUGUCAUAAUAAAAAGGGUGAUGAGAGAGCUGAAGUAUAAUAAAUGAUUGCUUAAACUUGUAUAAUAGGUUUCACCUGUAUACAUUUGACAACGGCCAUUUAGUCCCUUCUAUGAAGCAUAUGGGGAAACACGACUGGGAUUUCACAGUGAUAGGACAGACUGACAGGGCGACCACUGACUAUGGCACAGGGAGAUUCCACGUGUUGGUCUCAUUGUAACUAGACCUGAGCUGAGUUGGAUCUACCUUUCUCGAAAAAAAUCCUGCAGUCCUAUAGGUCAAUCAUUUCCCAUCCUCCUAUAGGCUCAGGGAGCUGUCAGUCAACCCAGUGUUGUCGUCCUAUAGGCUCCUCCACAACUACCUCCACAGCAGCAAAAACACAGCCCGUCCUUUCUACUAUCACACUGUCAUCAGCCUCUAGCCUGUGAAUGUCUGCACACUUACACACACACACACACACACACACACACACACACACACACACAUACACAUACAUAUAUACUCUAACACACUACACAUCAAAGUGCUGGACUCCCUAUUGUAUCCCUUUCUUCACUAACAAGGUUUUUUCUAAUGGUACAUGAUAGCAUUGUCGGUCAUCUGCCAACCCACCACACAAACACACACACAGUGUCCUUCUACUACUACUACUCCUCCUUAAUACAGCCUCUAGUGGUACAUGACUUCCUCUGCAGAAUGAACCUCUGUCCUGAUCCAGGAAGGGACUUCAGAUAGUGUUGGCCUUUUCACCAAUAAGACAUGUAACACAAUACCCUGACAUACAGCAAUGCAAGCAAACCCACUGUGAUGAUCAGAUUCAGUAAGGAUAUGCACAAUGUAAGACUCCAGAUAUACUCCAAAGCCAGUUCCUCAUGACCAUACAUUUUGGUCAGUGUGCUGUCGCCCACACAAAUGUCUGCAUGGAUGCCAGCAGACAUGAGCUGCAGAUGGAUUCUCAUAGCUAUGUGUAAAGUGCAAAUUAGCCUUAAGGGGUUCAGUAUGCUUAAAAUAAACUAGUUCAUAGAGUAUAACAUGUCAUCUGACUAUGGCGUCCAACUGAUUAGACAUUUUUUCAGUUUGUUUUGAGUAUACUGACCCUUUAAGUGUGCCUCAGCAAAAGAUACAAGUGUCCCUGCUUUUAGUUAGAGUGAUGACGUAUCAGAAUACUUGUCACUCUCACUUAGUUAACUUAACUUGCCCGCUUUAUGGUAGGACCUGUUGUUUUGUUUUGUUUUUAUUCUAUUUAUUUUCAUAGAUUUCCUCAUGUUUGCUCAAUGUGAGGUGCUCAGUUCCUUAUGCCCUGCAGUCCUUGUCGCAGCUAACUAUACUGGAUGUCUGGGCAACUAUGUCAUUAGUGUAGCAACGAGGACAAGAACCCUCACUGGCUUCCCAGCUUCAAACACAUUGUGUUUGUAGGAUCAAACUCCUGAAUGGUAGACUGGAUCUCUAAGGGCCUUUUCACACCUGAAAGUCUGAACUACGGUUCGCAUUGAGUUUUGGUUUAAGAUUGCCGUUAUACGAACACACUAAAGAACCAUACGUAGCAUAGCAAUGUCACGUCUCCCUAUACUUGACACUGAUUGAUUAAUAGACAAGCUCUCCCAUCCUCUCAUAUCCCCUCUCUGUCAUCCUCUCAGAAAAUAAUAGAAAAGUAUCAGAGUUUUUGUGACUUUUUUCCAACUGACUCUUUAUAAAGUCAUCUCCUUCUGUGCCCAUGUUCUGCCGCGGCUCAUUUUGUUAUGUUGCAUGGUUCAUGGACAAUCUAAAACCUACACUGUACAUCAACAACUUAACUGGUAAUUUCUCCUCUGCUUCAAUCGCCAACACCUCUCUGCUCCGAGUGCAGCCACCGUCACUCUCUCUGUCAUUCAACCACACACACUCACACAAACACACACUACAAACAAACACUACGCUAUUCUUAUCACUUGACGAUAGGUGAACCAUGGUUUAGUCUGAUCUGGAUCAAGACCGCCUCUUUCUGUUGGACCAAGAUUUGGCUGUUUGGUCUGUUCUGUGAUCGGGAAAGUUUUACACCUAUUAUUUCAGUUCAGAUCAAACUGAAAAGUCCAGACCAAACAAGAUAGGUGUGACAGGGCCCUAACUCAUCCCCAGCGUGUGCUCAGAACAAAUGUAACAAACACUUCUCAUAUGAAAAUUCCUUUGAUCCCAUUAAAGAACAAGUCAAAUGUCUCUGUGUAUGACGUAAGAAGUAUUAUCCAUACCACUGGAGUAGGAUUCUACUCCCUUAUAGACUGUUGGGUCUUAGUUCUCAUUUGACCACUACAUUCAGUCCUACUCUGCAUCUUGCCACUACUCAAGGGUACAACCUAAUGUCUUACCACUGCAAUAAAAGGUUGAGUAUGCUUUGCAUCAAACUACUUACACUAGAGUUUCACCUUCUUUUCCCUUUGUACCCGGAUACUGGUUUAUAUUCUUUCCCCAGUGGACUGAUAUUUCUGUUCUACAAAUAUGGCCACUAUUCCAUCAAUACUUAACAAUUCUAAUCUCUGUGUUACAAUUUAAAGAGAUUUACAGUUUGUUUCAUUGCUGUUCUUGGGUCUUAGUCCCUGGGGUGCCUGAAAAAAAGGUCCAAGGGGGACUGAAACCCUUGGGGGUGCUGCCAAUAAUUCAGAUUCUAACCUUUGUUCUCCAAGCAUCUAGGAUUGUAGCCCAUAGCCUACAAUGUCAGCAGGGUUCUAGGGCAAUAUUCGAGGAGUAUUAUGUAUUUGUCAUAGGGUUCUUGUCUCUGCUCUAUCCCAACAGAAGGGUUCCAGUCCAUUACAGAGCACACAGUAGGCUUUGGUCUUUACUAUACAAUUGCUCUAGGUUUCUAGUAAAAGUUAAACCUCUACAGAAGGGUCUGUAGUACCAGUUGUACCCACGUAGUUGGGCUUUAUUUCCUAUGACUACAGAAAGACACUCAGAGGGGGAGGGAUAAGUCCAGAUUCUGUUAGUCAAGAUCUAGUCUCUGUUCCACCAUUACCAUUUAGAGAGGUGUCCUGUUCCUACAAAUACAGUCGUUUCAGACCCUGUUGUGCCACUAAUUUUGGGUUUACCACUAUAGGUUGACUUCCUGUCCCUACAGUGAAGUUUAAUCUCUAAUGUACCACAGUUUUGGGGUUUUUAGCUCCUGUUCUACAGCCACAGUGGGGUUCUUGUCCCUGUUCGACCAGUAACAGAGGGCUGUUGUCCCCUGCAUGGUGGAGGUCAUGGGUUCCGUCCUUCAUGUCUGAUGAUUGCACUGCCCCCUACCUGAUUCCUCCCUGCUACUGUCUGGCCCAGUGGCCCACCAUCACCCCCUAGCCCCCUCCAGCCACAGCCCUGUAACCUUCCAUCCCUUUUCUACACUGACAGUCCAUGAAAUGUCUUCCCUUAACAUCGGUGGUGGUUUAUAAAAAUGGAGGUUCAACAAUAACAUUGUUUCUAAUGGUGACGGUAUGUCAUACCUGUAAAUGAUGUUUAUCUGUCAUGCCUAGUCAAAUAAUUUAAACAAUAAAAAGAGGGAUUUUUUAAAUGUCUAUAAUAUCUGAAAGUCCCUUUGAUGUGUAGUAAUGGUGUUACCGUUGUUGUAGUGUAUGUGAUACCCUAUUGGGAUUGUGUUACUUUUUAAGAUAAUAAAAUAACAAUGUUUGGUUA